AUGUGCCGGCUUACCGCUAUUAUUACCCGAGGGGACCCGAUUCUCCUUGCAGAUGUUCUUACUAGGCCUCGCCGGAGUAUUAUUCAGCAGUCUUUCAACUGUCAGGAACGCCUGCGUCAAGAUGAUAUUAGAAACGCCUACCAGAAAGCCUCGCUCAAUGGGGACGGCUUUGGGGUUGGCUGGUACGUUACGAAAUCCUCCAAAAAUGCUUCCCCCAGCGUUUCCGCCUGCACAAAUUUGAGCCUUUUUGGACCCUGUGGCGCCACUGGCGAUGGAACAAACGGGAAGAAGACUCCAGAUGCACAUGCUGCCACUGCCAACCCCAUUUCAUCCGUCGACGAUGGAGGUGCCUGCGUAUUUACCUCCCUAAAACCCGCCUGGGCAGAUAGGAAUCUAUACAAUCUCGCCGAGAAGAUCUCUAGCCGUUUGUUUUUUGCCCAUGUGAGGGCGGCGAGCAGCACUUUGGGUGUAUCGCACUGCGCUGGCUGCGAUGGUGGUCUUCCGUCCUGGGCAGUGGAAAAUGGUAGCGUCAGCACAGAGCUGUGCUGCCAUCCCUUUCGCUGCGGCCGUUUUCUUUUUAUGCACAAUGGAAACGUGGGGGGAUUCAACCGGAUUCGCCGGGAUCUACUCAGUCUCCUACCCGACCCCAUGUUUUCUUUUGCGAUAACGAAUAGCUGUAUUGACAGCGCCUGUCUGUUCGCGGUGUUUCUGGCCCUUCUGCCAAAUAGUCCUACAGAACCCUCAACACACUCUGCAAUGAAAGACGCUGUGGAACAAAUGAUUGCUACAAUUUGCUGGCUGCUCGACAGGGAAAAAAUCGAAGAAACAACCUUAAUCAACAUUGUGGUGUCGGAUGGAGAGAGUAUUGUAGCAACACGAUUUGUUACAAAUGCUCAAGAAGUGGCUUAUGUUUCGGGGAAGUCUUCCAUCGUACCAGAUCCAACAGGGGAAACUAGCCCGACAAUGCCACCGAGUCUCUAUUUUGCUACAGGAACUGCAUGGCAGCAGCAGGAGGACGCGUGCGAUGAAUAUCGCAUGACUCACAAGGACAAAAGGACGGAUAUAUGCAUUGUGACAAGCGAACCCCUUACUUCAAACCCAGAAGACUGGAUGCCGGUGCCGAGGAACACCAUGAUUUUGAUCACCCCAGCUAUAGACCUUCUGCUGUACCCGAUCGCUAGUGUUGGGUAUUUGCCUUCGUUGCUGAGGAGCCGCCGUAGGUCUGGGUCCGUGGUGCCGCCUCAGGAGAUAGAGAGCCCCUCCUCUGAUAGGCAAAUAGCUCUGCGUAAGUGCCUAGCGCCUUCAUUAGCAGAUAAACUCGAAGAAGAAAUCGCAGCUUUGUUGAAAAUAACUUCGAGUUCUUCUGUGGGGACUCUUCGCGCUGCCGAUGAACUGCCGGUAAUCAUGCUACGCUCGUUAGAGGGCGUCAUCCGUGAACUGGCAAGGGCUACUGAAUCAACUGAUGGAGAAGAAGCUGAGAAGCCCUGGCGAGCCUUGGAACUAAAGCUGCAGGGUUUGGAGAAGCAGCUGCGAGCGGCGCAAGUACAAAGGCAAGCGGUGGCUGCAAUAGAAGAUGGUCAAUCUCAGAGCCCUCCUGGUUCAUCUAUGUGUUCUACUGGCCUGCCGCAGACAAAUUUAUAUCAUGCAGAGCUAAAUUCAGAGACCCCAGGAACCAAUCAGCAGUGCUACGAGCUCCUUGCAGGUUCCUGCGCCAUCUUAUGUCUUGAAACCAUUCUGAUACACGUAACAAGUUACCGCGAAGACAGUAAAUCGAAAUCGUUCUCUCGAACGCCUUCUUCAGCGCUUCCUGUGGCGGCAAAGACCUUUGUUUUCGUGGGCAUGCAGAGUGGGGAGGUAGUCAUCUACGAUGCCACAAGCGCCUCAGUGGCGCCAAUAUCCUUUCAAGCGCAUGUGGGAGGAGUCCUAGCCAUGGCUGUCCACGCCAAUAUCUUCAGGAGAGGCUGUGUGAGCACUGGGCGAGCCAUUGCAUGCAAAAAUUGCGGUUCUGCACUCCCGGAAGUCUUUUUAGUAACGGGGGGCAGCGACACCUCCUUGGCUGUUUGGGAUCUUUCUCCGCUCAUCUUUGGAGGUCGCGAGCCGCGUCUCCUCAGUGGCAAACGUGUAUGCCUUGAUGGUCCUAGGGUUUCUAUUGAUGCUGACGACUUAUUGGCUGUGCGCCUUACCUUUCUCCCUCACCAGGGCGACGUCCUUUCAUUGCUAGUGAGGGACUCUCCCGACUGUGCUCAUACAAAUGGCAGUCACCACGACCCAUCUACGCGUACUUGCAUAGUUGAUACGUGUGAAGCUUGUCUUCAAGCAAUACACGCGGCAAUGCGGCUGGAUGAUAGCGGGGGAGCAAGUAAUGUGGAAUCAGCAGCUUCCCCGUUGACAUCAUUACCUUUUGCAGAUCUCCAUAAGAUUCAGCCAAACCCUUUUGUUGAUGAGCCAGAGUGCAAUUUACUCUUAUUCAUUGGAUUCCAGUCAGCCAAGAUCGGGGCAGUGUUUCUAAAUGAUUUGUUGCGAUAUUUCCGCCAUACACAGGUUAUGGUCUCGGUCUUGGCGAAUGCUGUUUCAUUCCAACCAACGCAGCAGCAGUCUCUGCCCCUGAGUGUGUCCCGAGAUUUCGAGCUGAGGACUCUUGCUUCAGGUCAACUGAAGGUGCAGUUUACUGGAGAACAAGAAGGGGAGUCUCUGCGCUCGCUCUUCACUGGGGAUCCACAAUGUGUGGCCGAGAGGUCUCAAAGCACCCACUCACCCACCCAAGACGAGAGCUUGCUUGCAAUGGCUUCGCCUCGCCACACAUCUGGACUAGCAAAGGGUGAAUCAUUUCGAUGCCUCCUUGCCGGCUUUGCUCGGGCCCUCCGCAGCGUGACACUGCAUGCGUCACAUGCAGCGACAACUCUGUGGUCCAAGAAAUGCUCUCUCUCUGGAAGACCUGGGUGCCUUUACCCGCCCACUGGAACAGUAUACUGUUUUAAGGCGCCGCACGAGUUGGAGGUCCCCCUACCUGAAGGGGCCGCAGCGUCGGCCUCUCCAGGUACUUACAGAGUUGUCACUAGCACCUCAAGCCUGAAGAUUGUGGCACAGCCACCUAAGCAAGAUGGGGGGCUGAAGAUAGAAAUGCGGUUUUUGCCGUUUGAGCAAUCUGGUGUAAAACGUCAACAUUCGCACCAGUCUUUAGUCGGACCCUGGCUUGAUGAAAGUGGGCACAACGGCUUUGUAGAAUGCUUAACCAGCUGUGGCAGGAGAGUACUUUGCAGCGGUGGAGGCGAUGGCCGGCUGCUUUUGUGGGGAGAAAAUGGGAGCUUAGUGGGAGAGCUGUCAGGCCAUCAUGGAGGGGUGCUCUGCGUGGCAUACACCGAGGUACCUGUAGAAUCCCUUUGUCGAGAUUUGCGCCGCUGGGGAUCUAGGGAUCACCUUCAAGUACAAAGUCCCCAAACCGAGUGCUCCAAAGUGCCUGAUGACGUCGCGCAUUCCCGGCAGGGUCUCUUGUUCAGUGGUAGCCGUGACAGGAGCAUUCGCGUCUGGGCCCUCGAGCAGCUCGUGUGUAUACAGACUUUGAAUGCACAUUCGUCAGAGGUGCUGGCCCUUGCUGCGGACGCCGGGCGAAACAUCCUCAUUAGCGGGUCUGCCAAUGGCGAACUCUUCGUCUGGCAGCUUGACUUGAUGGUUGUCGCCUUCGAACUUAACCUAAAUGCGUCUCCUACGCUUGCGGACCAUGGGCGCUUCACAGUUGGCGCCCGCCAAAGUUUUCGACCAGGCAGCGGCGAAGACCAGAAACGAGGCGUAGCUUUCACUGAUCUACUGUUGGUGUCAGACUCCUCGUGCCUUGCUAACCACGACAGGGGGAGUCCUGGCACGUUUCCAAGAAGCCCAAAUGCUGCCGGCAGCAAAUGGGUGGGUGGUUUGCAGUUGUGGGCAGGACGAGGUGACGGCAAGUUGGGUGUUUGGAAUAUUGGCGAGAGAGACAUGGACGAGGAAGAGUCAAUCGAAGAGCCCUACGAUCAGGCUAGAGCCGCAACCCGCGAGGCGUCCCUAUCAAGCGAUUGCGCAGAGGCUAGUGCUGCGUCGGCGUCGGAACUGAAGGGUGUUAGUAGCGCUAGAGCUGAUGCAGGCAUAAUACAGCGAUGUACUACGGGGUAUAAAGGACGGAUUGAGACUAUCCCGAUAAAAGCACAGCGCGGGAUAUGUGGCAGUCGAAUUAAAGGCAUGAUUAUCACCCCUGGGGCAUCAAUGCCUUCCUUGCCGCCUCUUACAACUGGGGCAGGGCUGGAGCCUAGAAGGAGAGACUUCUUGCCCCUCCUUGCUCAAUUCGUUGCAUACAAGUCAAUUUCAGCCUCACGCUGUCCCCGGCACGUCAGCGGCUGCAUCGGUGCUGCCAAGUUUGUCGCACAGCUCUUUGAGCAGGCACUUGGAGCUACGGUGGAUAUUGUGUGGCCUCGUCGAUCAGCGGCGUCAUCAGAGUUUGACGGUGAUCAAGGAGAGGGACAGCCGCAUCCUGUGGUGUUUGGCCGUCUAGGUACUAAUCCACAACACCCGACCAUCGUCUUUUAUUCGCAUUACGAUGUGGUAUCCGCAGGGGCUAGCGCUUCGUCUUCUGCGCCUACCCCUUCUGACGGAUCAGAAGGCUCAGCUUCUCCCAUUACUGCUGCGGCGUCUCCGACCGCACUGCCACGCACUGGGGUUUUGCCGGCUGGGACCCAGCACUCAAUGCGCUGCAGCAUUGAAGCGGAUGCAUGUGGAGACAGCAUAAAACGCCGAGAUAAUCACGCAAAACACUCGGAGUGGCAUGGAACGGGUUGGCACUCCAAUCCUUGGAGAAUCCACUGCAAAGAUGGCUACAUAUAUGGGAGAGGAGUGACUGACAAUAAGGGACCCAUAAUCUGCUCAUUGUUAGCCGUAAAGCAGUUCAUAGCAGAAUGGAGGCGGAAGCAUAGGGUAAACCAGACAGCACACGAUCAAUGUUCACAGCCGAAUACCACCACAGGUUCAGCCAGUCAACAUCACGCACCCGCCAAGAACGACCAUGCAAUUCCGUUCAACUUCGUGUGGAUCUGCGAAGGAGACGAAGAAAACGGCAGCGUGGGUCUUGCCGAUGCUGUGGCGCAAAAGGCAAGCUGGCUUCACGGAACGCAUUUCCUCAUAUGCAAUAAUAGCUAUUGGGCUGAUGACGUCACCCCGUGUCUUGUCUAUGGCAUGCGUGGGGUGCUGGACAUCCGCGUGGAGGCAACAGCGGCUACAGGAGAUGGCGGCUACCAUUCAGGGGUACAUGGCGGUUCAGUAGAGGAGCCAAUGCAGAGGUUGGUGCACCUGCUGGGUCGGAUGUACGAUCCUACAACUGGUCGCGUGACAAUUCCUGGGUUCUACGAUGCCGUUCAGGCGCCUGAUUACGCCGAGCUCCAGCGCAUCAAGGUUGCUGCAGAGUCUGUAGAAACCGGAUGGAUAAAGGAUGCGUUUGCAACUGGAGUUGAUAGCCCACAGGAGCUUCUUCGGAAACGCUGGUUGGAACCCUCCAUGUCUUUGCUGGGCAUCAACGCAUCUUUGAAGGGAAACUGCGCACAAGCUGGUGGAGCUAUGCGUAUUAUUCCUUCAACGGCUUCGGCAGAAAUCAGCCUGCGCCUUGUGCCAAACCAGGUCUGGGGUGUUGAACCACUUUAUGUUCGUGAGGGGGGCUCAAUGCCGGCAAUUCCAUUUCUCGCUGAUGCUCUUCGGAGGCUCCCCAGCCCCAAGGGAUGCACACAAAGUUCUGAGGAAAUAGCCGUCUGCCAGUUGCCCUUCGGUCAGGCUAGCGACAAUGCUCACCUUCCAAAUGAACGGCUGGGCAUUCGGCAGGUGGAGAAGGGCGUGGAUGUGUUAGCGUCGACGCUGGAGUAUCUUGCGGCAAGGUUACAUCCUGAAGGUUAA